UCCAGCUGCUGCACGGAACUCCGACGGACAUUCAGCGUUGAUCCUUUUAGUUUUGGUUUAGUUGUGGUUGGUGAGUUGAUGGCAACAGUGAAAUGUCUCUGUGACUUAACUGUACAAAAUAAUACCAACCUGGCUGGAAUUGGUGCGGUUUUCGCGAGGCUAUUAAGGCUAGAGACGGAAAAAACAAGCGAAUAUCGAAUAUAAAACCAAUUUUACCGCGCCGCAGCCCGGAUGGUCCAUUAAAUUACCGGCAGCACCGGGACAAACGGCGGGAAUCCGUUGCCAUGGAGGAGACCUACGACUACACGGUGAAGCUGCUGCUGCUCGGAAGCACCGCCGUCGGUAAAUCCUCUCUGCUCAUACGGUUCACAGAGGACGUCUUCAAAAUCAGCCAGCACCCCACCAUCGGAGCCAACUAUCAUAACAGGAUGAUUGAGAUCGAUGGGAAGAAAAUCAAACUUCAGAUCUGGGACACAGCAUCUGCGGAGCUGUUCCGGAGAGUGAUCCACAUGUAUUUAAGAUCAGUCAAUGGCAUCGUGCUGGUGUAUGACGUCACCAAUCGGAGUUCCUUCAAUAACACCAGUAAGUGGAUCUGUGACAUCGAGGAGCCUUUGCCUAAUGUGGAGAAGAUUAUUUUGGGGAACAAGUGCGACAUGAACGACAGGAGAGAAGUUUCCAGAGAGGAAGUAGAGAAGAUCGCCAUGGAUUAUGGGAUCAAGUUCCUGGAAACCAGCGCAAAGUCUGGCAUCAACGUGGAGGAGGCCUUCUUCACUCUGAUCAGAGACAUCAUGAGCCGCAUGGACAGGAAGAUGAAUGACUGUAACCCAUCUGAUGAAGGUCCGGUGAACAUCUCAGAGUCUCCAUCCAAUAAGAGUCUGUGCUGCUGCUGCUGUUGCCCACUGCACUGAUCAGACCCCACCCCCUCCUGCCACAGGACGGCAGCUCACCAUCUACCUAUGGACACAUGAAAAACCUGCUGUGACUCUGCCUUCAUUCCUUCUGUUGCAGUGCUUCUCAAAUAGUGGGGGGCCGCGGAGGCAUGACAGGGAGGGUGCAAGUGACUGGGAGGAAAAGGUCCGUCUAAGCGGAACUAAGUGGCUGACCCAUUGUUUUAACAUCGGCGUAUUUUUCGCGGCGCACAAACUGCGCUGGCGUACUUGAUCUCGUCAACACCUCAGCUCAUUUACUCCAAUUCUUUUUUUUUUUUGUAAUUUUUAUUUUUAACAUUUUUGAGUGGAACAUGUAUGGGAGGAUUACCUUUACAAAGAUAUGGUUACCACACACUUACAUAUUAUUUCCACACCUUUACAAAUUAUUUCUUUACUGAAAGUCCGACCUUAUGGGCUUCACAUACUCAGUCCACUUUGACCAGAUAGUAUAAAAGCUGUCCCUUUGAGUCCUGAGGGUAAAAGAAAGCUUUUCCAUGGUAUAGAUUUCUUGAAUUGGGCUAAUCCAGUCUUCAACUGUCGGCAGGUCUGGAUUUAACCAUUUCCUUGUUACAGCUUUCUUACUUGCUGCCAAUAGUAUCCAGAGCAACAUUUCAUCCUUCUUUCUCCAAUCUAUUACAUUCACAUUGCCCAAAUACACAUUUUCAAAGUUACAGGGUAUUUUACUGCCAAAAACAUAGUUAAUAUGCUCACAUACCUGUGUCCAAUAAAGUGUUAUCACCGGACAAUCCCAAAAAAUGUGGAAAUGAUUAGCCCCUGAGGACACACGGGAUCUCCAACAGAGAUCACCACAACCCUGAUGUCUCUUUUGAAUAGGUGUAGUAAAAAACCUGGUUAGGUUCUUCCAACAAAACUCUCGCCACGUGUUUGCAUAACUCUACGAAUUCAAAACAGAUUCAUACAUAGGGUCAUUAGUAAAGCUGGCAUUAGUUUGCAGUUUUUUGUCAGCUAAUAAUGCCAUAAUUGGUAUGUCCUUUAUAACAGUCCCUUCAACAUCUUUCCAUCCUGCCAAAUUAGUGGGUGAACACAAUCCAAUUAAAGGUCUAAUUUGUGCAGCAUAAUAAUAUUCCCAAAGAGGUAAAGGUAACGAGAGAGGAUACUCAUUCUAACUGAGUCCACCCGAGAAUGUAGACCCAAAAAAGGGACAUUAUACCAUCUUUGUAAAUCUGAUCUUAUUUUUGAAAUUAGAAGCCCGUAAUUGGCCUGAAACAUUUCAGAUGGAUCCUUUGUCAGUACAGUUCCCAAAUAUUUAAUGCUAUUGGCAUCCCAUUUCCAUUUGUGUGCACUUUCAAUUUUUGUAGGUGGAUUGUAAUUAAACUUUAAAAUCUGAGUUUUGGUUAUAUUGAUUUUAUAGCCUGAAAAAGAGCCAUAUUCAUUCAGUAUUUUCAUUAAGCGACUGGGUGGGGUCUGUCAGAAAUAUUAAUAUGUCAUCAGCGAAUAGAGCUAAUCUUUGUUCCCCUGAAUUUAAAGUAACACCCUUAAUUUCUGUACUCUGCCUCAACCAUUGAGCUAAGGGCUCGAUAAAGAAAGAAGUAAAGCUGAUGCUCCAUAGCCUUGGCGGGUUCCUCUUUCUAAAGAAAUUGGCUUGGAUAGGUCCCCGUUUAUUUUGAUCCUCGCAGUGGGUUUGCUGAACAGUGCGGAGAAUGUCCGUAUCAUGUCUGAGUGAAAGCCAAAUGUGGCCAAUACUUUAUAUAAGAAUUCCCAUCGUACUGAAUCGAACACUUUUUCUGUGUCUAAACCUAUUAUAAGAGUUUUCAAACUAUGUUGCCUGACAUCUUUCAUGAUCAAAAGCACCUUUCUAAUAUUGUGCGCCUGUCUUUGUCUAAUAAAACCCGUCUGGUCUUUAUUAAUAAGUUCAGGUAAAAUGACCUCUAAACGUUUACAUAAUAUGGAAGUAAAUAAUUUCUAUUCGAUAUUGAGUACACUCACCGGUCGAUAGUUUCCACAGUCAAGUUUAUUCUUAUUCUCUUUGGGAAUUAUAGAAAUAAUAGCCUCUCUCCAGGAGGGAGGGAUAGUUUUAGUUUCAAGUACACAGUUGAAAGAUUUCACUAACAUUGGUACCAACUUCCAUCCUCUAUACACCGCUUUAUCCUCACUAGGGUCAUGGGGGGUGCUGGAGUCUAUCCCAGCUGACUCGGGUGAAGGCAGGGGACACCCUGGACAGGUCACCAGUCUGUCACAGGGCUACAUAUACAGACACACAAUCACACUCACAUUCACACCUACGGACAAUUUAGAGUAACCAAUUAACCUCAGCAUGUUUUUGGACUGUGGGAGGAAGCCGGAGUACCCGGAGAAAACCCACGCAUGCACAGGGAGAACAUGCAAACUCCAUGCAGAAAGAUCCCAGGCCCAUUUGAACCGGGGAUCUUCUUGCUGCAAGGCGAAAGUGCUAACCAGUACUCCACUGAGCUGCCCUGGUACCAACUUAUCCUGCAUAAUCUUAUACCAUUCGGAAUUAAAUCCAUCUGCACCUGGAGCCUUUCCAUUUUUUAAUCUCUUGAUUGCUGAUACAAUUUCUUCCUUAGUUAUUUUGGAUGUUAGUUUCUUGUUCUGAUCAUUUGAGACCUUAGGUAAAUUUAAUGAAAAUAAGAAAGUAUCAGUUUCAUUUGUACUUCUUAAUUGUCGUUGAGAGUAUAAUUUUUGGUAGUAUUCUUCGAAACACUGUUGUAUUUUUCCUGGUUUAGUUUCAGUUUGGUUUGUUUCAGGAUGUUUAAUCUUAAAAAGUGUUCUCUCUGCUUGCCGUUUCCUUAAUCUGUAUGACAAUAGUUUUAAUGCUUUCCCACCAGUAUCGUAAUAUUGUUGUUUGGUGAAAAGUAACGUUUUUUUGAAUAUCCUGUAUGGUUAUUUCAUCUAUCGCUUUCUUUACUGCAAGCAUUUCUAAUUUUACUGACUCUUGUGAAGAAUUUUUUAAGUUUAUUCUCAAGAUCUAAUAAUUUUUGUCUUCUGUGCUUCUUUAUCGUAGAAGAAAUUGCAAUAAUUUUCACCCGGAGCGCUGGCUUUAGAGUAGUGGUUGGCAAUUGGCGGCCCGCGGGCCAAAACUGGCCCGUCAGGAAUAAUAUCUGGCCCGCCAGAUGAUUUUGAAAAUUUGAUUUAUUUUUUCAAUGUUUGAGAUUAUUAAAAAUGAAGAAUCGAUCGCACCCAUAUACCGUGUUUCCACCCGCUGGCUCCAGGAGCUAGUGCUAGUUCAGAGCUUAGUUGGUUCCUUCUAAAAACCAGUUUGCGUUUUCACUGGUACGGAGCCAAGCCAGUCCGUCACCACAACAUGAAACUCGCAUGGUCGGCUGCUGCCGGGCAUUUCCGCGUUUGUGCUACUGGUCGGACACGGUUGUACCAGCCAGAUUUCACUGAGCAACAGUGUGUGCAAAACGUGUGUCUCAGGAGUCAUUUUUAAUACAUCUGUGAUCAGAAUUCAGACCCAAGCUGCGGCAAACCCCACCCCCCACCUCCCACCCCCCGCGCUCGCGGCAUCGGAGCGCACCCCCCACGGGUUGGCCCGCUGUUUGAUUGUUUACCCCAAUUUUGGCCCGAAGCCACAUCUACUUGCUGACCCUUGCUUUAGAGCAUCCCAUAAUAUAACUGAAGAAACCUCCGGAUUAUCAUUGUAUUCUAGAUAGGACUCAGUUUCAAACUGUAAUUUGUUCUUGAUUUCUUUGUCAUUCAGAAUACCAGCAUUUAAUUUCCAAAGAGUAGAUUUAACUUUACCAUUAAGAUUAAGGGACAAAUAUACAGGACUAUGGUCUGAGAGCGUACAUGUACCAAUGUGACAAUUUACCAGGUGAAACGCAUCAUUUUUAAACAUCAAGAACAUGUCUAUUCUGGAGUAAACAUUAUGUGCCCCAGAGUAAUGAGUGUAUUCAUGACUUGUUUGAUUAUUUUCCCUCCAUAUGUCUACAAUUCCUACAUCUUUCAUAAAAUUGUUAAUUUUUUAAAUAAAUCUUUUUAGUGUCAGGUUUA